AUGAUGUUUCCGAGAACACUCGUUUUCUCGGCAUUUGCGAUUACAAUUGGAAGUGCAAAUUUCUUCAGUUUUCCGAGUUUUUCGAAAAUCACUGGUUACGCGAAAUAUUUUGCCAUUGGAAAUCUAACGGCAGGCGCUGCGGGUAAUGAAUUAUGGAGUGGCAUCUUGAAGGACUGUCGGGGCGCAGUGUCAUUCUCCUGUCUUCAGAAAAAUGCAUAUUCAUACCUUGAUAAUACGUUUGUGGAACGUGACAAUAUCACAGUCUUCAGUGGAUUAAUGCUCAGGAGAAAUAAUCUUGAUUACGAAGCUUGUACGAAAAAUUACCAGGACGAUGUUGCCGAGAAUAUUGUGGACACUGGGAGAAGGGGAAGAGAUCAAAAACAUGAUCGGAAGGCCAGUGACCCGAAUGAGAACCUGUAUGUGGAAAAAAUGAGCCCACUUGAGGAAAUCACAUCGGCAUUGAGAGAUAAAACAGUUAAGUUCUUGGCAACGAGGGAUUACGAGCUUCAAUUGCCCGAAUUUUUCUUCGAAAAUUCGAGAAUCAAGAUAAGUCCACGUGAGAUCGAUGAGAAUGGCGCACUCGUUAGGAUUGAUUUUGGGCAGACAGCUGUCGAGGACCAGGGACGACUGUUCUUCAAGAAAAUCCGAAAAUUCAUCCAGAACCGGUUACUGAUGAGCUUCCUAGCGCUGAUCCUAAUAAUCAAGUUGAUCAAGGUCAAGUUCAUGUUUAUCAUACCAUUCCUCUUCGGCGUUGGCGUAGCGAAAAAAAUCUUCCUGAAACUUCUCUUAUUCUUCUUCCCGGCCUUCGCCCACGUCUUCAAGCUCUGCUCGAGCUACUACAGCUCCCAUUCAAAAUACCACCACCACCAUCAUCACCAGAUUGCCCAUCAUCAUCAUCACGUUCCAGUUCCUGUGCCAGUACCAGCAGCAGUACCGUCCUUCUUCGACCAUCAUCCACAUCACGAAGAGGAGUUUGAUGGUUACGAUUACGCCCACCCGCACAUUCAAUUGCGAAAGGACAUGGAGGAGUUGAAGGAAUGGGGAAUCGAUUCGUUCAGCGAGCCGUACGACGAUCCGGGUGUUCGACCAGCUGCACCACUGCCCCCGUCGCUUCCACCAGCCUCCUAUGCCCCCAGUUACACCUCCCCUCAAUAUCCCCCACCUGUGAAACCGAAUGUGUUGUCCUACCAAGAGAAACCAAUAAACUACGCAUCCCACGGACAAGUGUUGGCUUACAACGGCUACCUCGACGACCAGAAAUUGCAGCGUCGUGUGUCCUCACAGUUAUCCACCUCGUCUUUUCCACAAGUUCAAAUGGCCAAUUCAUUCCUCCACCAGACCCCCAUAAGUGGCUCCCCGUCCAUCUCAAAAACAAGCGCAAUGCCGGUCAAUCCCGUUUAUGUCCAGCCAACCUCUGUAACACAGACGCAACGGGUGACUCAACAGAUAAUUACCAAGAAUCCAUCGUCUUCACUUGGUCAAGCCAACAACCUCGUUCCCCAAGAUGACACCUUUUACGGGCCAAUUCUGCAGAGGCUCGAGGAAAUAUUCACACAAGGGGGAGUCCUCGACGAGUCCUGCAGGGAGAGGCUCAUCUGCAACAUGUACAAGAAUCCCUCCCUCUAUUCACCGCACAGCAAUCUUGUCUCCAACAUACUGUCAAGGGAUCCACGGGAGCUGAAGCGUAGCGGAACUAAAGCGAGUCAAACCUUCCACAAGUACAUCAGCGCUGCCAGCUUCGGACAGGAAGGCGGUGAUUGUUUCAAAAACUAUACUUGUCAAUAA